GGUUUCAAUGUUAUUCUGGUGGCGCUUCAGUCGUUGUUCAUUUCUGUUGAUCACUCAUCUUAAUUGUGGUUAAUUGUUUUAACUGGUAGAAUAAUUUUUAAUUGAAUUAAUUUAUUUUAACUAAAUUAUAAUGUUACGUUUAAUCCAAAGAAUCAAGCCCAACAAUGUGCGAGUAUUGAAAGAGAUUGAAAAAAGACAACAAAGAAAUGUCCAUAUCUCUGGUGAAAGGAGAAAAUGUUUCCCUAAAUCUGCCUCUAUCUCAAAGGACUAUCCGGUUGUUGAUCAUACAUUUGAUGCUGUUGUUGUUGGUGCUGGUGGGGCCGGUUUGAGGGCAGCUUUUGGACUUGUGGAGGAAGGUUUUUCGACUGCUGUGAUUACUAAAUUAUUUCCCACUCGUAGUCACACUGUUGCUGCUCAAGGAGGUAUCAAUGCAGCCUUGGGGAAUAUGGAACCAGACAAUUGGAGGUGGCAUAUGUAUGACACCGUCAAAGGAUCAGAUUGGUUGGGUGAUCAAGAUGCGAUUCAUUACAUGACAGAAGCUCCUCAUGCCGUAAUUGAGUUGGAAAACUAUGGUAUGCCUUUUAGUCGAACCUCUGAAGGUAAAAUCUAUCAGAGAGCAUUUGGAGGGCAAUCUUACAAUUUCGGCAAAGGUGGACAAGCUCAUCGAUGUUGUUGUGUAGCGGAUCGAACUGGACACUCUUUGCUCCACACUCUUUACGGUCAAUCAUUGAGAUAUGAUUGUAAAUAUUUCGUUGAAUUUUUCGCACUUGAUUUACUCAUGGAGAAAGGUGAAUGUGUCGGAGUAAUUGCUCUUAAUCUUGAAGAUGGAACCCUUCAUCGAUUCAGAGCUAAGAAUACUGUCUUGGCCACCGGGGGAUAUGGAAGAGCCUAUUUCUCAUGUACCUCAGCUCAUACAUGUACUGGUGACGGAACUGCAAUGGUUACCCGAGCUGGAUUACCUUCAGAAGAUCUAGAAUUUAUCCAAUUCCACCCUACUGGAAUCUAUGGAGCUGGUUGUCUUAUCACCGAAGGAUGUCGUGGUGAAGGAGGUUUCUUAGUAAAUUCUGAAGGUGAAAGAUUUAUGGAGCGAUAUGCUCCAGUUGCUAAGGAUCUUGCCUCUCGAGACGUUGUCUCUCGUGCGAUGACAAUUGAGAUUCGUGAAGGAAGAGGAUGUGGCCCAGAUAAAGAUCAUGUUUACCUUCAACUUCAUCAUUUACCUGCUGAACAAUUGGCAACUCGAUUACCUGGUAUUUCAGAAACAGCGAUGAUCUUUGCUGGUGUCGAUGUAACCAAAGAACCUAUUCCCGUUCUCCCAACCGUUCACUAUAAUAUGGGUGGCAUUCCAACUAAUUAUAAAGGUCAAGUGAUAAACUAUGAUGAGAAAAACGGUGAUCGAGUAAUACCUGGUCUAUAUGCCGCUGGAGAGGCCGCUUGUGCCUCAGUACAUGGAGCAAACAGAUUAGGUGCCAAUUCCUUAUUGGAUUUGGUUGUUUUCGGACGAGCCUGUGCAAAGACCAUUGCCGAAGAAAAUAAACCAGGAGAAUCGAUCCACGAACUUAGUAUUAAUUCAGGAGAAUCAUCAGUAGCUAAUCUCGAUAAAAUUCGACACUCAAAUGGAUCCAUACCAACGGCUAAUUUACGAUUAAAGAUGCAAAAGACCAUGCAAACUAAUGCAGCGGUUUUCCGAACCGGAGAAGUGCUCAAAGAAGGAGUUAAAUUAAUCGACGAAUGCUACAAGCAACUUCCCGAUGUAGCUAUCAAAGAUAGAGGAAUGAUCUGGAAUACUGAUCUGGUUGAGACCUUGGAAUUACAGAAUCUAAUGUUAAACGCUCGAAUGACUAUGUACAGUGCUGAGGCUCGAAAAGAAUCUCGAGGAGCUCAUGCUCGAGAAGAUUUCAAAGAUAGAAUCGAUGAAUUUGAUUAUUCGAAACCAUUGGAAAACCAAUCAAAGAAACCAUUUAAUCAACACUGGAGGAAACAUACACUCUCUUGGAUUCACCCUGAUGGAAAAGUUGAAUUAGUUUAUCGACCAGUAAUCGAUGAGACACUCGAUAAAGAGUGUAACACUGUUCCACCCGCUAUUCGAGCCUACUAAAUUUACCGUUAACAGGCAGACAUGCAAAUCCUUUAAUAGUUAAUCUGUUAAUAUUUAUAACAAAACAUUGGUAAACAUGAAGCAAUCAUAAUUAAAUCAAUACAACCACCACCAAUAAAGAUUAUAAUUAUACUUUAA